GGGGAAUUGGAGGGGCGGCCACUUUUUUUUACGAGUUGAUGUUUCUACGGUCGUAUAAAGUGAGGCACCGUUGCUUUUAUGGAAUGAAAAAGGAGAAAUAUACCGGCUACAUUCUGCAGGAUUCUAGAGUGUUGUAAAGAUUCGUCGCAGCCAUCAUGGAAGACGAGCCAGAGAGAGCAAAACGUUGGGAAGGGGGCUAUGAGAGGACAUGGGAAGUUUUAAAGGAGGAUGAAUCGGGAUCACUGAAAGCCUCAGUGGAAGAGAUCCUGUUCCAGUCCAAAAGGGAAAGAUUAAUAAAAAGCUGUGGCCAAGUGAGACUUGGAAUGAUGCGUCACCUUUUUGUAGUGAUUGACUGCUCCAGAAGUAUGGAGGAUCAGGACUUAAAACCCAACCGUCUCACUGCGACUGUGAAGCUGAUGGAAGCUUUUAUCGAUGAGUACUUUGACCAGAACCCCAUCAGCCAAGUGGGAAUCAUCAUCACAAAGAAUAAACGAGCUGAGAAGCUCACUGACCUAGCAGGAAAUCCAAAGAAGCACAUUGCUGCUCUGAAGAAAGCGGUGGACACCGUGUGUCUCGGAGAGCCAUCGCUGUACAAUUCCCUCAACUUGGCUUUGCAAACACUCAAACACAUGCCUGGACACACAAGCCGGGAGAUUCUCAUCAUCCUGAGCAGCCUCACCACAUGUGACCCGGCCAAUAUCUAUGAGAUGAUUCAGACCCUGAAGUCAUUGAAGGUACGGGUGUCUGUCAUUGGCCUGUCAGCAGAGGUUCGGGUGUGUACCAUGUUGACGAGGGAGACGGGUGGGUCGUACCAUGUCAUCCUGGAUGAGAGCCAUUUCAAAGAGCUGCUGCUGAUGUUGCACGUGAAGCCUCCGCCGGCCAGCUCCUCAUCGGAAUGCUCUCUAAUACGUAUGGGGUUUCCUCAGCAUACUUGUAGCUCUCUGACUGACCAGGAUGCCAAACCUUCUUUCAGCAUGGCUCUAUUAGAUGGCAGCAAUGAUCCAGGUCUCUCUCUCGGAGGAUACUUUUGUCCGCAGUGCCAUUCCAAGUACAUGGAGCUUCCAGUGGAAUGUAAAGUCUGUGGUUUGACGCUGGUGUCGGCGCCUCACCUGGCCAGAGCUUUUCAUCAUCUUUUCCCUCUUGGUGCCUUCAUUGAAAGCCCGCUAGAAAAACUCCAGGAAAGCAGGUUCUGCUCGUCCUGUCAGGGAGAAUUGAAAGAUAAAAGUAUGUUCACCUGCCCGUCCUGUCACAGCAUAUUCUGCGUGGAGUGCAAUGACUUCAUUCAUGACUCGCUACACUGCUGCCCCUGCUGUGUUCACGGCCAAAACACCGCUUAAACACGCUCCUUCUUGUAACUGUAUUAUUUACUACUUUUUUAAUUGUUUUCCUUAAUAAAACGUGCGAUAUUUCUCGUUUAAGAGAAAAGCUGUAUCAUGGCAACAGGGCAGCCAGAAGCCAAUCAGUGAGCUAUGGUAUCAUUUAUAAUAAAAAAAAAAAGUUAGUAACUCUGCUUCUUAACACCAGAACCAAAAACCAGCACUACAUGAGGUAUUUGUAUAGCAUUGACUUAAAAUAAAAG